CUGCCCACUCCCCAGACGCCAUGGCCCAGGCCCAAAACCUGCCUCCCUGGUUCGACUGGUUUCUGCAGACACAGAUGGGCCCGCUGGCCCAUGGAGGCAUUCCCACCUGGUUCCACGGCGCCAUCUCCAGAGCGGAUGCUGAAGACCUGCUGGCAUCGAAGCCACUGGGGGCCUUCCUGCUCAGAGUCAGCCACAGCCACGUGGGCUACACCCUCUCUUACAAAGCCCAGAGCGGCUGCCGGCACUUCAUGGUGAAGCUCCUGGACGCUGGGGGCUUCCUGAUCCCUGGGCAGAAGACGGUGCACGCCUCGCUGGCCUCGCUGGUGGCCUUCCACCAGCAGCAGCCCUUGUGGCCACACCAGGAGCUGCUGACACAGGCGUGCGGGCAGAAGGAUCCAGGAAACGUGGAUUAUGAGGAUCUGUUGCUUCACUCCAAUGCACUCACUAAGAGAGUCCCCGGCCCACGUCAGCAUCCCCUCUCCUGCCCUCUGUCCGAACCUAAGAAGGUGUCCCCACGGCUGGAGGACAGGACGCAGCGGGCAGAGGACCCAUGUGAGGAGGCAGCAGUCACCGAGGGAGCCCCUGGAGCACGGCUGGAGGACGCCUGCCACCGACUCUGGAGGAACCUGAAGGCGCUGCCCCAGACAGGCAAGAAGAUGCGGCAGCAGUGGCCCCGCGUCCUCCCGCACAGCCAGAAUGUCGACACACACGUCCGCGUGGCCCCCGGGACGGCCCUCUGGGCGGGGCCCGCGGCGGGGAGCAUCGAGGAGGCCAGGGUCCCCGAGGAGUACCGCCGGCCCCCGCCCUUCGCGCCCGGCUUCUAG